GAAGAUCAACCGGAUAUUCAUCAUUUCCAACACCAGCGACGUCUCUGUCUGCAGCCAGCACGCUUGGCUGAUUGUCGAAGACCUGGCCAGCAGCGUCUGCUACUGGUCGUCCAUGCUCCACUGGCCUCGCAUCCUCUAUAGCGCCUACAAUCAUCAGGUCGACUUCAACAACAGAAGCCAGUUGUACCGGGAGGCGGACAUCUUGGUGGUGUUUAUCAAGUUCCUCAAAGAGCCUGCACGUAAUCCACGCGUGAGGGAAAGACGCCGGAGCCGUGCUUGA